AUGUCCUUACCCCCCUCUGGCCCUCAACCGCCGGCAGACCAACCUCUACCUGAGCCUCAUCCUCAGUCUCGGCCUCAGUCUCAACACCAGUCUGAGCCUCACUCCCAGCUCCAGCCUCAGCCUUCAUCUCUUGCGCCGCCUCGGACAUCCACCACCGCCGAACAACGUGCUGGUGGCAAUUCCUUCCCCGUCUCCUUCAGGCGUUCCAUCCAGCCCAAUCCGUCCCCGACCAGCCUCGUGCCGUCUACCGCUGAGGGCAAGCCGAUCCCCGUCGAUGAUUCGACUGUAGAGUACCGCACCACCGCUCUCCGAGAGCUCAAUCACAACUUUCCGAGCCAUCGUUACGCCAAGUCGACCGGCGCCCAAAACAGCACAUACUCGGAGCCCGUUAUUGUCCGAAGCUAUUACCCCCCGCUGCCAUCAAGCAGGCCGUCGAGCUCGUCUCGUGGUCCCAUUGUUCACGGACCAUCCGUCUCCGGUCCUGGUGCCGCCUCCGGAUCCCAGGUUAGCCGAUUUGCCGAAGCAGUCGCCGGUGUCCCUUCUAGAUUCGUGUCCGGAGAGCCCGGCAUGUUAAGCACCAUGGUGUUGUCCUUUGGAAAGAAACCCGUAAACGGCCGUGCCGAGGAUGAGGCCCGCCUGCCCCCAGUGGACGCCUUUAGCUUCAAGAGCUUUAUGGCCAAUAUCGAGGCCCAGGGCGGCGGCGUUGCUGGUGAUAUCAAUGCUGAUCUAGACCGGAUUGCCGAGAUUUGUGCCAGGUCCAGGUACUCGCUGAGCAACCAAUACGAAGUCCAUUAUACUCCCCAUGGAUCUGGAUCCUCUUUCUUCAACUCCUCGACCCAGUUAAAUGAUUCUCAAGGUCCAACCCUGCAGGUAGUCUCCACGGACGACGAGCAAAGCGUAGGAGCAUCAACCCGUAGGAGGAGACGCAUGGCUCGAAGGAAUAGCAGAGCCGUAGGCACCUUAGAAACCAUCAUAUCGUCCAGUCGCUCUUCGGAUGAGGAACAGCCUGGCAGGAAAAAGACCGCCUCUGAGAUCGCUGAAGAAAUUCGCGGCCGGGCGGCACAAAAGAGUUCGGCCCACUCCUCUCACAGCAGCUCUUCCAGCGAAACUCUUGAUGAGCGAAGAGACACGCACCAAGAGGAGGCAGCGCCAAAGAAGUCAUCAUCUUCCCUUGCUCUCAUUGAUGCCUCUACUAGGCUUAACGGCGCGGUCAUGGAUUCUCCACGCACAUCAGCCACCGGCCUCGUCAGUGAGCCGGCGCGGCCACAAGAGUCGACAAGUCAGCUGGAAAUACGCACAGUUCCAGGAGAGCUUCUUGAGGGACCCCCUGUUGUUCUUGUCAAGGAGACACCCGCUCCCCCCAAGCAAUAUGGCCUCUCUGUUGCAAAGGGGGCCAUUACGCACACUAGGACGGACACUGCAGGCAGUGGUAUUCUCUCCAUGAUCAACGGCUGGAUGCCCUGGAAGCCAUCUUCCAGCGCAUCCGCCCAUCACAAGGGUCUUGCCGAGGGGAGUCUCCGAGACCUCUUAAAGGUAACUGAUUACAAGGGAAAGGGGAUACUUCAAUAG